AUGGACCCUUAUCAGUUUGACACCAUGCAGCAGCAACAGUUGACUGAGCUGCAUUAUCACAAUAACUACGCCCAACAACAAAGUCUUUACACUUACCAACAGCCAUCUCAACCCCAGCAGUCACUUCAAGCUUCAUUCUAUUCUCAACAACUAGCUCCUCCUCCUUAUACCACACAAGCAACCACCUCUCAACAUCGCCCGAUUCUUCUGCCCGCGACUACAAUCGCGGGCACACUUAGUGCCGCUCCGCCCUUCAUUCGAGCCUAUCCUCCUGUCCUCAGCUCGUAUGAUAUCUCAUCCAUGGAAUUCACCGCCAUCAUCGACGCAAUCAACAUCGCCCUCGCUGAACCCACUCCUUUCACGGUAUUGGAUGUUGCCAGUAAUGGCGUGGGUCUUAUACCAGAGGGCAUCGCCCAGGGUGUUUCCCUAGGUCUCGGGAUAGCCGCAGGUGCUGGAUCUGCUGCUUCUGCUUACAUCAGAACCAAGAGGGCACUGGAGAAAGUAAACCGGGAGGUCUUUGCACCAAAGGGCUUGAAGCUGGAGAUUGUGAAAGAUGAUGAAGUCAUGCGACGGCUUAACACAACAGCCAAGAGUCUCGAUCCUCUUGAGAGGCUGCAGGAAAUUGGUCCGUUUGUCGAGACGCUCUCUUUUGACGUGGGCCCUGUUAUCAGGCACAGCAAUGUGAUAGAUCGCAUUAGCGCAAAGCAAGCUGCUAUGAAACAAGAGGGUAAAGAGAAGAAAAAGCAUGAGAAGGAAACAAAACGGAUCAGAAAGCGUGAAAAGGCAGCUGAGAAGUACAGCCGUCCCGUUGAAUCCAUCGACGAGCAGUGGAACUCGGACACUGAAAGUCUUAUCGAGACCGAGGCAAAGCUGGCCAAGUUGGAGGGUAAGAUCGCAGACAUCAACGCCCAUGCGGAUGCGAAACUUGGGGAGGCGAGUAGUAAAAGAGCCAGCGAGAUUGAGAAGAGACGGCAGAAGGAUUUGGCAGAGGUUGAAAAGGAUAGAGGGAAGUUGCAUGAGAAGCAUGAGAAGACCAUGGCCAAGCUUCAGAAGAAAGCAGAGAAGAAGGGGGAUAAGGGUGAGAAGAAAGUGGCAAAACUAGAAUGGAUUAUGAUACACACCGCCUGA